ACAAAAUGUUAAACACGCAUUUGUAACAUUUUUGAUAGUAUUUUAUCUCCAUAGUUUAAGGCUAUGAUUCACAGAAUGGAAGACACUUGCAAAUAAUAUAAAAUAUGUGCUGGAUAUAAAUGAAACCUUUGUUAUCAGUUCUUAUUUGUUUCAGCAAACUACAUACAGUAUUUGAUUUUAUUGUUGAUGAUGCAUUCAAGUUGGACAUGAUAAUUGAUUCCUUAGCUGAUCUCAUAUGAAUAUCAUUAUCUGAUGAUCAUCUCUUGAGUUCAACCAAGGAAGUAAACAGAAUGCAAUUUAUACAGUAGUAUCUUUAUCUUUGAAUUAACUUGCAUAGUCUGAAAGUCUUCUAUGCUGUAUAACCUUAUUAAUCUCACCCCAUAAUUUUCACUGGCCACAUCUCAGUAAGUGGUAGGCUAAAGUUGUGGAGUAACUUCGAAUGUUUUGUCGCAGGCUUGACAGCUGAUUGGUUGUGUGUUGUCAUGGUGAUGACAGGACACGUGAAUGGAGCGGACCCAGAGGUUCAAAUGGAAUAAAAGCCACAGAGGAUGAUGGAGAGCAGAUCGGCUGAUCUCACGGGAAGGGCUCUGUGUGUCUUCCCAAGCUUGGUUUCUUCUUCUGUGAUGAGAUACGACAAGUUCCUGUGAAGUAAGAAUGAAUCUGAUCCCAUUCUCUGUGAACUGACUGUCGGAUUUCUCUGCGAGCUUGUCUUUCAGCUUGGAUCAUGGAGUUGGAAGUGGAGGGUUGCUGGCAGUGUCUGGGCAGGCUGCUCCUCCUGCUCUGCUUCAUGACUCUCCACAGCUCAGCCAUCGACACCGUGAAUGUGGUGGACUUCUGUGGCCAGACGAUCCGGGGUGACGGAAUGAUUGUCAACUCUCACCGGGAAUCCAAGAAGUACUACUUUGUGACCAUGGGAACCGACUGUCACCUCACCAUGCAGGCCAGCUCUGCCAAAGACAAAGUCCAGUUCCACUUCCGCUUCUUCUUGGUCUACAGUUUGCUGCGAGUCGCCCCUCUAAGCCCAGCCCCUCUCUUCCCAGAGUCCCCUCGUGGCUCCACCUCGCUUAACCCCAGACUGGAGCCCACCUCUGGUGAAAGCUUGGGUGACCUAUGCCAUGCUGGUUCGUACAUCCAGUUCUAUGAUGGAAGGGACAGGAACUCACCUCGCCUCGGGCUUCCUCUCUGUGGGAAGAGCCUACCGCGACCGGUGCUGUCCACAGGAAACUACCUGACCCUGAGGUUAGUGACCCGGGGGACUCAGCCCAGAGUUGACUUCGUGGGGGACUUCACCUCCUUCAGAUUGGGUUUCAACCAAUCAGAGUGCAGCAGUGAGCCUUACUUCACCUGCAGGAACGGGAAAUGUAUCCCUCUCAGCCUGGUGUGUGAUGAUAAAGGCAUUGACAAUUGUGGGGAUGGUAGUGACCUGGAGGAAAACCUGACCACCGGCUGCAAAGCAGGUCAGCUUUUACCUCCGGAACGUCCACCACCAAUAGCAACCCCACCUCCACCUUUUGUCAACCUACCCACAGAGCCAGUUUCCCCACAUAUGAACUGUGGCAUGCCCGACACUGCUCCCAGCCAUGAGUCAGUAUCAGACUCUCCCUCAUCCCUGGCCCUGUUGGUUUUCUACAUCAUCCUUGGUGUGGUGGCAGGUGGCAUGGUACUCUGCUGGUGCUGCUGGUCACCUGGCUGGUUCCUUUGGCGCAUCAGCAUCUGUCGCUUCUUACCCUGUUGCAACUCGCCCUGCGCCUCCUGCCAGCUCUGUGCCCAUAGCUGCACCCACAAUGCCGCAUAUUGCAGCAUUAACGGCACGCGCCCCGAAGAGCAGCUCACAUUGCUCCUGAGUUGUCACCAGCCCAACGCCAGCUCAGUUUUCCUGCUCUGUUCCAGCGCCGUACUCCAGCUGCUCCUAUCCACACCAUCUCAGCCUUCCUGUGGCACCCCUGCAUCACACUCCAGCUAUCACCCCCGCCUCGCUUUUCUGAGCAACCUAUUCUUCAUCCCAGCCAACAGUCACCCUCCAGUUAAGCCUUUGUCCUCUAAUUACCUAGCCUGUAAGAAUAAAUCUUUGUGUUUGGACCCUGAAUCUGAGACCUGCCUUCUGAGUCCUCUGUUCAGUUGUGGGUAAAGGCCGAUCUCUCGUAACAGAACAAGAAACUGAUUAAACAAAAAAAUCACUCUCAAUGAACAUUGUGAAUUUUACUUAAAGAUCACAAUGCAACAUUGGCAGCAGCUCCUCACAACAUAGAUGAACUAAUUAAUUCAAUUUAAUUUCUGCCUGAAUUCUACCCAAAAUAUAAAUAAAAAUCAAGUGAGACUGAAGUAAUCUUUUUAAAGAUUGACUAAACUACUAGGUCUGAGCCUAACUACACACACUGCAUAAUUUGGAAAAAUACCAAUACAGUGGGCAAGAGGCUUGGGGGGUGCUGAGAGAAGAGCUGGCUGUGGAUAUCCCCUGGCCAGAGAGAAAUGGAGGAUGACACAGAAUCACAGGGCACCUACUGUAUGCCACAUAGGGCUCUUUUGUGGUGGAUAACUGCAUAAGCAUGAACAGUUUAGUGAACCCCAUAUCUAUAGGUAGGUAAAUUAUUUACAAAUGUGUGUGGAGAGUUGUGAACCUGUAUCUCAGUCUCUGUGUGUGUACUCAGAUUUGUCAAUGUGUAAAGAGAUCUGCAAAUAUGCAUUCAGAUUUGUAAAGGCAUAAAGGAAUCUGCAAAUGUGUACUAAGAUGUGUAAAUGUGUACUGGAAUUUGCAAAUGUAUCCAC